UAUACAUAAAGUUGGAUUGGCUUGUGCAUGUGCAGAAAGUCUAUUUGUUUAUAAAUACACAGUAACACAGAUGUACAAUUGAAAUCUACAAACUGGCCCACAUUUUUUGUAUAGCGUGGACCUCCUACCUCCUUGAACCCCACACAUUAACACUCUCUGUGAAUUAAUUUCCCUGUAGUCACCACAUAACAACUUUGACACAAAUACCUCAAAAGAAAUACGACUCUGCCAUGUCAGGCUAGUGUUACACUCGCAGUUAAAGAGCAUGCAGGGCCAGUCUAUUUAAACAGCCCUUCCUUCAAACUGGUCCCCUGAAGCCCUGCAGGCAGUGAUUAGGGGACAUAAUGUGUUUAAUCUAGUUUCCUCUCAAGAACCACUUCAUUUGAAAACAUUGUGUAAGAAAAAUAUAAUCAAUGUAGUGAUGCAAUUUGAUGUGUCGGAGGUACAAAACAGUGAUGCAAAUCAAAAAAAAUAAAACAACUAAAUGCAAAUGAUGUAUAAAAUAACAUAAUCAAACAACAAUGAUAACAAAAAGACUAAGACAAGUGAUGGUGAUGAUAAUAUAAUUAUUGUGCGGGCCCCUGUAGCCACCGUCCAGCCAAUAGGUGGCGCUAUGCUCUUGACUCAGUUUUCAUGUAAUUAUGUUCUCUUAUCUCACGUAUGAAAUUUUUGUACAGAUUUUUGAAUGUACAGCAAAUUUUCCUGGCAAAACACCGGCUGACUCACCGUUGGGUCAAGUUCAUGUUUGUAGACGUGUUCUUGUGUCGUGUCAUAUAUGACGUUUGGAGCAGAACAAUUAAUGUUCGUUUAUUUACGAAAAGCAAAUUGCCAAGAUGGACACAACAUUUAAAAUGGCUGACUUGCUUUUGAGUUGAGCUGAAACAUGUUUCUACCAAGUUUCGUGGAAUUUGCUGAUGUUCCCUGAUCUCACGUAUGAAGCUUUGUACACUUCCUGUUUCGUGGCGGCUAAAUUCGACUCACUGUUGGGUCAAGUUCAUGCCCGUAGACAUGGUGUCUAGGGUCAGUGACGGUGAAAGUAUCUUACCAGAAAAUGACUUUGGUAGAAGUUAAAGUCACCUUUUAGAAUAUUACUUGAGUAAAAGUCUUAAAAUACCUGACAUUUAUUGUACUUAAGUUUCAAAAGUAAUGUUCUGAUAUAAAAUGUACUUAAGUAUUAGGUGUAAAAGUAAAUGGCUGGUGCCACUAAAAACUAGUGACAACAAACAGGCAUUUGUCGCCAACUCAACUUUUAUUUUGUAGUAACGUGUAAUGAAGAUGGUUAAGGGAAAUGUAUCAGAGUAAAAGUACACAUCUGUUAGCCGCUCACCUGUUAGCCGCAGAUUUCAGCUCCAAGUGGACUUAAAACACACCAGCGGCUCGUUGUUUACCGUGUAAAAGUACACAUUUUAUUUAGGAAAUGUAGUGGAAUAAAAGUAAAAGUUCUCAGAAGUAACUAAGUAAACUACAGAUAUUUGAAAAUUCUCCUUAAGUACAGUAACAAAGUAUUUGUGCUUCGUUACAUUACAACACUGGUAAACAUCAUGGGUGUUAUUUAGUGCUAUUGGCUGAAGGUGCCUCCCGCCGUCAUGCUGCUGCUCCGUGAAGCCACACUUUAUUUUCCCUCAGCACUUAUCCGAGUUACACUGGCAGCUGGAGAGAGUGAGAGAGAGACACUCACACACACUCACACACACACACACCAGGAGCUCAGCUGCACUUAACCCGGACUGAAAAUGACCGUUGAGAGAGUAUUCGACGAGCUCGGGCAUUUUAAAAGAUUUCAGGCAUGCCUGUAUUUUGCGGCAGUCUUCCAGUCCAUAUCCUGUGGCAUCCAUUACCUGGCUUCUGUUUUCCUGGUGGACACUCCAAACUUUGUGUGCAGUGUGCCUGGCAACAUCACUGAUGUACUGUACGGUAACCUGACUGGAUCUAGUCUGGAAGACCUGCUGCCAGUCUUCAAAUCGGGGUCCGGGCCAAUGGUGGUGAGGACGGCUGAAGGAGAGCAGUGGGAGCUCAGCCGCUGCCACUGCGCCCUGCGCAUCAACUCGACUGACUUCACUUACUUCUUUGACGGCAACAAGACAGUGAAGGCCUGCGAUGGAAACUUUGUUUAUGACCACUCUGAAAUUCAACAGAGCAUUGUGACAGACUGGGACUUGGUGUGUGAGAAAGAGUGGCUGGCCAAGCUGUGUCAGCCCACGUUCAUGCUGGGGGUGCUGAUCGGAGCGCUGGUGUUUGGGGACAUUGCUGACAGAAUUGGUCGUGUGAAGAUUCUGAUGUUCACCAGCCUCUGUCAGUUUGGGAUCGGGGUCGCUGUAGCGUUCUCUGGAAACUACUAUUUUUUUGUGGUGCUCCGCUUCCUCCUCGCCAUGGUGUCCAGUGGUUACCUCGUGGUGGUGUUUGUUUACGUUACCGAAUUCACUGGCAUCAAGGUGCGCACAUGGACCUCAAUGCACGUGCACGCAGCCUUUGCAGUCGGGAUCAUGGUGGUGGCUCUGACUGGUUACCUGGUGCGAGUCUGGUGGAUCUACCAGAUCAUCCUCUCCAUCUGUACCUCACCCUUCCUGCUCUGCUGCUGGAAGUUCCCCGAGACGCCCUUUUAUCUGAUGGCCAAGGGACGUUACAAGGAAACUCAGACCCUGCUGGAUGCGAUAGCCCGCUUCAACGGCCUUGAGUGCAGGUUGAAGGCAGAGGAGCUCCUGCGGCCAGAGGAGCGAGAGAAUGGCAGAGCUUUGCUGGAGCAGGAGUCAGAGCCGCAGCAAGUGCAGAAAGAACAGAAGCUGUCCAUCCUGGAUCUGUUUGGAAGCUGGAGGAUGGCGAGUCGUACCUGCACGGUGUGGGCCAUCUGGUUCAUUGGCAGCUUGGGCUACUAUGUUUUCUCUUUGGGUUCCGUCAACCUUGGAGGAAACCAAUACCUUAACCUCUUUCUUGCUGGUGCUGUGGAGCUUCCCUCGUAUCUGGUUGGCUGUUUUGCAAUGGACCGGAUUGGACGGAAGAAGACCUGUGCUCCGUCUCUGCUCUUGGCCGGAGUCGCUUGUAUUCUCAUCAUCGUGGUGCCCCCUGACAUCUACAUACUGGCCAUCAUUCUUAGCAUGACGGGAAAGUUUGCCAUCGCCAUUGCCUUUGGUCUCAUCUAUUUGUACACCUGUGAGCUUUAUCCGACAAUUAUCAGGUCUCUGGCAGUGGGCAGUGGCAGUAUGAUGUGCCGCGUUGGCAGUGUGGUCGCCCCCUUCUGUGUGUACCUGUCAGAUGUGUGGAUCCACCUACCUCAGCUCAUCGUGGGAAUCCUGGCAUUUAUAAUUGGAGUGCUGACUCUGUUCUUGCCUGAGACCCUGGGCAUACCUUUGACAACUACCUUGGAGGAGGCUGAAGCUCUGGGACGUCAAAAUAAGAAGGACGAUCUGGAAAUGAAACCGCAGGAAUCCAAAGCCUGAGCUGUGCACUGACGGACAGAGAGAGACGAAGAGGCACUUCCUCAGAAAACACCUUUGAUUUACUGGAUUGUUGGGAGACAAAUGGAGAAAAAAAAAAGAGGGAGCUUUCAUCAGAAUACAAAUAUCAGUUAUGCAACCACCAGUCACAGGUGCAAUGCAAACACAGUGCACAAUAACAUUCUGUAUACAGAAUGUAUAUAACUUAUGUGGAAACAUAAAGGAUUUUUAAGGGUCGUUUCAGUUCAUAACGUCAGUCUUAUUUUUCUAGUUUAGCCCACGUUGUCUAUUAAUUAUGAUAAAAGUGAUUGCAACAUUGCCAUGGCAACAGCCGCAAAGGUCAAAAAUGAACAGUUGGAUGUUCAGACAGGUUGAAAACGAACCCGACGGAGUAUUAGAGCCAAACUUUUUUUUUAAAUCUUUAGAGAAUAAAGUCGUAAUAUUAUGAGAAUAAAGUCAUAGUUAUUAUUCAAGCGCAAUCUCAGAUGAUCAGCUGCAAACUGCGUCAAGAUGAGGAAUGUGGAGCAUUUUAUGACUGAAUUUCAUUACAUCUUCAGUCAGUCAUCAGUCAGUCAUCAUCUACCGCUUUAUCCUCCGCCAGAGGGUCGCGGGGGGUGCUGUGACCAUUACAUCUUUAUUCUCGUAAUUUUUUUUCGGUUUUUAAUCGCAAUAUUAUGACUUUUUUUAAUAUUACAACUUUAUUCUCAUAACAUUAUGACUUUAUUCUCGAAAGAUUCAAUUACUUUUUUUCUCUUCAGUUUGGCCCUAACACUCUGUUUUGUUUAAAACCUGUCAAAUAAUCUGACUGUUUCAAUUAUUUUCCUAUAAAAUAAGGUAGAAAAAUAAGACUUGUAAUAAUAAUUUCUGCUUGGUUGUAGCUUGGUUGUUUCACACUUACUUUAUAAAACAUCCUGUAUAUAACAUUAUUAUAAAAAGAAAAUAAUUGCAUGUAUUAUUCUGUUAUCAAAUACGUGUUUUAUUGUUUGUUUGAAUGUUUAUCUCAGGGCAUCGACUUGGAUAUCACUGUGAAAGUAUAAUUAAGAAGAACAUGUUAGCUUUACAUUUUUGUUUUGAUAUUAUUCUCAAUUCCAUCUUUUAAGAUGCCAUUGCUGAACUUUUAACGUCAUUAUCCAUCAUUAAUGUAUGCAAGUUAGUGUUCUAUAUGAAAUUGAGAUGCUGGGCAUAUUGAAGGAAAGGUGUCUUAAGUUGUUUUACCAUAUGUUAAACACUCAGUGUAUUCUCUCCGAUAUGUUUGGACCAAAGACAGGUUUGAACCAAAACAGUAUGGAGUUGUAUCCACUUGCUUAGGGAUAGUGAAGAACACAACAAGCAUGUUUUCAUUUAAGGAGAACAAAAUUCACAAGAGUUAAUUAGUUUCCAUCAAAGCUUCGGGUUCUGUGCCCAGUUGUGAACAGUUUUACAAUCAACUCUUUAUUUUUUGUGUGUGAAUUUGUUAAGUUAGUAUUGUUUUUUUUUGUAUUUCAUCAUGGAAAAAUAAAUGAAACACUGAGCUUGUGGCUCCUUCAAACUAUGGUCUCUUUCUGCAGAGCAGGUCUGGGAACAGACCACGAUACAACAAGUUUCCUAUUUGCAGAAGGAGAGGAUAUCUGACUGCCGCGAUACCAGCCACCACAUGAACAAACUCUCUGUGUUAAUGCUCUGUCAAUGCAUGAACGGAAAAAAGAGGAAAGCAUUGCUUAUAUGAACUGUGCCAAAUAAGGUGAAUUUUUGAUUGGAAAUCCCUCAUCAGUGAGCAUAAAGCAGUCCUUUUUAGUCACCCCACAGAGUGGGAUUGAA